GCUGGGUUUGGAUGGGGAGAUUGGCGCGGCGGGUUCUAUUACGUUUUCAUACUGCGCAGCGUCCUUGUUUCCCAGUCCACCUUUUGUAUCAACUCUCUCGCACAUAGCGUUGGCUCCUUCACCUUUUCUGACGCCCAUACCCCGCGCGAUUGUUAUUGGGUUUCAUUCCUCACCUUUGGCGAGGGAUAUCACAAUUUCCACCACGAAUUCCCCUAUGACUAUCGCAAUGGCGUCUUUUUCUUCUCUUUCGACCCCUCUAAGUGGCUCAUCUGGUUUUUCUCCCUAUUCAAUAUAACCUAUAAUCUCAAGCGCUGCCCCACUAAUGAGAUUGAGAAAGGCCGGUUGCAAAUGCUCCAGAAGAGAACCGUCGAAGCCCUCAAGCAACUUUACUGGGGACCUCUCGACGAUGAACUGCCUUACUUCACUCCUAAGGACGUCAAGGAUCGUGUCGCAGAGGGGUCCAACUUGGUCAUCAUCGACGGCGCCGUUUAUGAUGUAUCUCAUUUCCUGCCGAACCAUCCCGGUGGGGAAGCUAUCCUCAAGUCCUAUCUCGGCAAAGAUGCCACUAAGGCAUUCAGAGGCGGCGUCUACAAUCAUUCCAACUACGCCAACAACCUUCUUUGCAAUUUCAAGGUUGGUCUUCUGCGCACCAAGAGUGACUGAUUCCUUCAUUUUUGGCUUCCCCCCCCCUCUACCCAUGCGCAGAGCCCCCUCCAUCUACCAGUGAUUUCUCAUUGCAUCAUUUCAUUAGCUGCAUUGGCUGUUGUAUCUUUCUUACAUUGAUUAAAACUGUGGUAUGCAUGAGUUUCUUUCCCCCA